CUCCCCGAACGGAGGAGCCCCGGACCGCCUCGCCCCGGCUUGGCUCGGCCCGGCAGCUCGACUGCCCGCCCACCCGCCCGCGCGCGGGGGCGUGUCAGGUGGCGGCGGCGGCCCCGGGCUGCGGUAACGCCUGUGCCGGCAGCGCGGCCCCCGGCGGGCGCGGGGGGCCCGGCAGGCGCGGCGUGGGGGGGCGGUGCCGCGGCGGGCGCGGGGCGCUUCGGGCGCGGGCAGGCGCAGGUGAGGCCGGGCCGCUGCGGGCUGCCGCGGCGACGAGAGUUUCGUGGGGUCAGGGCGGGCUGUAAGUUGACAGCGCCUGUGGAGCAGCCAUUGUCUGCCCUGCCCCGUGUCGGAUUGCGCCGGGCAUCGGGAACAGCAGACGGAACAACUUCGCCUUUCAGCCCCGCUGCCGCCGUCCAAGUAACUCCGGAGUCUCUCGUUCCUUCGCGCUGUUGACUUUGCUUUAAAAAUUUGUGUUUAUUUCAUUCCCUGCCCUCCGUCAUCGCUAGCAUCCUGCGGCGGUUUCCCCACCUCCCUCUGCAGUGGGGCCGUGUUGCAUUGUAUAUACGUGUUGCAAUGAAGUGUCUGCGCACAGAGCGCACACGGACGCGUGCACACCCUCUGUUGGAUGGAGCCAGCACUCGCUGAAGUUUGGUCUUGGAGUUGUGAGCAACGUGGGAGCUGGGGUUGUGCUGUACACUUCUAGAGAACUCGUGCCCCACUUCAUGAGGCGUCUGGUGGACACUCGUGUUAGAAACACAGAUGCGCAGAGCAGACAUAAGUGUGGAAUAGGUGGUAGUGUUCCCAUGCACAGCUUGUGCAGUGCUACAGGAUCUCGCUGCUUCCAAAGCAUGGGAAGGCAAAUUUAUCUGUCCCUGUAGUUUCAAUUCUCUGCUUGUGAAGUUUGGAGAGUAUGCCGUAGGAAACUAUGGUAACAGAGCAAGGAGAGAUGGGUGUGCUAUACUCUUGGUAGCUAAUUUUUCCCUCUAAAUUUUGUGGGCCAUCCUUUGCAUAUCUUACUUGUUCACUGACUUGGUUUCCCAAGGAUGAAGCUGCAAAACCAGUUGUAAGGUUAGAAAGUAUUCUGCAGGCAGCAAUCCUGUGCAAGGAGGAAUUGAUGGGGUGAGCAAAUAAGACUUUACCUCCUACCUAGCAUUCUAGUGUAGAUGUCUGGCCUGAAUUUUCUGCUGUUGCACUUGAGAAAGGUCAAGAAGUUGUAGACAGGCUACCUGUAUUCUUUUUGUUAAAUGUUGAAAUCAGCAGUGCAGGUUAGGCUGUAGGCUGAGCCCAUGUCCUUAUGCUCAUACUGCUCCAUGAGCUAGCUUUCACCUGUUUGCUUCAUUUCUGCGGUGCUGUGAUCCCUGUCAUGCUAUUAAUAGGCCUUUGUAUUCUUACAUGUCUGUCUUUUAGGGUGCAGUUCUGCAUUAGGCUUAAUCCAAUUUAGCUCUUCAAAGGUUAAUUCCCUAUAAUGGCCACAUAUUUUACCUCAUUUUUUUUGCUUGGGAUCUACUGAUUAUGUUUGCAAGGCUUUAUUUACUUGUGGUGCUGCCUCCUGGGGAAAAUCUUUAAGGCAAUUGUCUUCUCCAGAGCCUUUAUGUUCUAGGUCUGGAUUCAAUCUCAAUUUGAGCUCCCAGGAUCCUGUCACUAUGGAGACUGAAAGUGAGCAGAACUCCAGUUCCACCGGUGGGAGCUCCAGUUCCGGAGGAAGCACCCGUCCUCAGAUAUCACAAAUGUCUCUGUAUGAGCGACAGGCGGUACAGGCCCUUCAGGCACUCCAGAGACAGCCUAAUGCUGCGCAAUACUUCCAUCAGUUUAUGCUCCAGCAGCAGCUUAACAGUGCCCAGCUUCACAGCUUGGCUGCUGUCCAGCAGGCUACAAUUGCAGCCAGUAGACAGGCCAGCUCCCCCAACACCAGCACCACACAGCAGACCACCACUACCCAGGCCUCUAUCAACCUAGCCACCACAUCAGCUGCGCAGCUGAUCAGUCGCUCACAGAGUGUGAGUUCCCCCAGUGCCACAACCCUGACACAGUCUGUGCUCCUUGGGAAUACCACCUCACCGCCUCUCAACCAGUCACAGGCCCAGAUGUAUCUCCGGCCGCAGCUGGGGAACCUGUUGCAGGUAAACCGGACCUUGGGCCGCAAUGUGCCUCUUGCCUCCCAACUCAUCCUGAUGCCUAAUGGGGCCGUGGCUGCUGUCCAGCAGGAGGUACCACCCACUCAGUCUCCUGGGGUCCAUGCAGACACAGACCAGGUGCAGAACUUGGCUGUGAGGAGCCAGCAGACCUCAGCCACUAAUGCCCAGCUCCAAGGCUCUGCUCAGAAGACAGCUCUGCCAGGAAACUCCCAGCCUUCAGGCCUACCACAGGCCACAAAUACAGGCCAGACGUUGGCAGUGGCUCAGGCUUCUUCUGGCAGCACAGGCCAGUCCCUUAAUUUGAGCCAGGGGGCCACAGGCAGCAAUGGUGUCUCUGGGGGUGUGGUGGCAAGCAGUGGGAGCCAGACCUCAACAGGACUGAGCCAGGCAUCCUCAGCAGGCCCUGCUGGCAGUUGCCAAAGGAAAGGCACAGGGGUGGUUCAGCCAUUACCAGUAGCAGCUGCCCAGGCAAUGACUGUCAGCCAGGGAAGCCAAACAGAAACAGAGAAUGCAGCCACAAAGAAGGGUGAAGCAGACAGUGGUGGACAGCAAACAGUGGGCAUGAACCUGACCAGGACAGCUACACCAGCACCUAGCCAGACAUUGAUCAGCUCAGCCACAUAUACACAGAUCCAGCCCCACUCGCUGAUACAGCAGCAGCAGCAGAUCCACCUGCAGAAGCAAGUAGUGAUCCAGCAGCAGAUUGCCAUUCACCACCAGCAGCAGUUUCAACACCGCCAGUCCCAGCUCCUCCAUACAGCUACCCAUCUCCAGCUGGCUCAGCAGCAGCAGCAACAGCAGCAAGCGCCAUCUCUGACUCAGCAGCAGCAGCAAGCUCAAAGCCCACAGCAGCAAGUUUCAUCUCAAAACCAACAGCAAGCCCAGACCCUUGUGGUGCAACCUAUGUUGCAGUCCCAGUCACAGCCUGUUCAGCUCCAGCAGGACAGCCCUUGCCAGCCAGCCACCAAAUCACCUGCUACAAUUCAGUCAAAAUCUCUGGUCACCCCCAUCAAACCACCUCAGCUUGGGCCUGCCAAAAUGUCAGCAACACAGCAGCCUCCACCACACAUCCCAGUGCAGGUGGUGGGUACACGGCAGCAGGGCUCAGGUCAAGCUCAGGCACUGGGUUUGGCUCAGAUUGCUGCAGCCGUGCCCUCCUCCCGGGGAAUGCCAGCUGUGGUCCAGCCUGUUUCCCAAGCCCAUGUUGCUUCCCCAUCUUCUGCUCCAGCAUCCUCGCAGGAAGCUCCUCCCCUCACCACAGGGGUAAAUUUGGCACAAGUUCAAGGCACAGCCCACAUGGUGAAGAGCACAGCCUCCUCUCCAGUUGUGGCUCAGAUGCCAGCAGCAUUCUACAUGCAGUCUGUCCAGUUACCGGGCAAGUCUCAGACCUUAGCAGUGAAGCGCAAGGCAGAGUCAGAGGAGGAGAAGGAGGAAUCACCCAGUGUCAAUGCAGUCCUGCCUGCUAGAUCCUCUCCUGUGACAGACAGCCCCAAAAACAUGGAGGAGAAGAGUGGCCUUGGAGAUAAAUCUGAUCCUGCUGCCAGUGCAACCCCAAAUACCACCUCAAGUGAAACAACAUCAGUCACACCCACCUCAGCUCCCACCCCAAACCUGGCAAUGGUGUCACGUCAGAUGGGAGACUCCAAACCCCCACAAGCCAUCGUGAAGCCCCAGAUCCUCACACACAUUAUAGAGGGCUUUGUCAUCCAGGAAGGAGCAGAGCCAUUUCCGGUUGGUUGUUCUCAGCUAUUGAAAGAAUCUGAGAAACCACUGCAGGGAGGGGCUCCCUCUGGACAGAGUGAAAACCUGUCCAGCAAUUCCCCAGGAGGGGACAGUGCUUCUAUGGAGCUUGAUAAGAAGGCAAACUUGCUGAAGUGUGAAUACUGUGGAAAGUAUGCCCCAGCCACCCAGUUCCGUGGCUCCAAAAGAUUUUGUUCCAUGACCUGUGCUAAAAGGUACAAUGUCAGCUGCAGCCAUCAGUUUCGGCUGCAGAGAAAGAAGAUGAAGGAGUUCCAGGAGGUUAACUAUGCUCGCGUGCGCCGACGGGGACCACGGCGCAGCAGCUCUGAAAUUGCUCGAGCAAAGAUCCAGGGCAAGCAUCACAGGGGCCAAGAAGAUUCCAGUCGAGGCUCUGAUAACUCCAGCUAUGAUGAGGCUUUGUCCCCUACAUCUCCAGGGCCCCUAUCAGUGAGGGCCAGUCAUGGAGAGAGGGACCUGUCAAACUCCAGUAUGGCCCCACCCACCCCAGAUCUACAUGGCAUCAACCCAGUCUUCCUAUCCAGCAAUCCUAGUCGUUGGAGCGUAGAGGAAGUGUCUGAGUUCAUUGCAUCCCUGCAAGGCUGCCAGGAGAUUGCUGAGGAGUUUCGGUCACAGGAAAUUGAUGGCCAGGCUCUGUUGCUCCUCAAGGAGGAGCACCUCAUGAGUGCCAUGAACAUCAAGCUGGGACCAGCUCUCAAGAUUUGUGCCAAGAUCAAUGUCCUCAAGGAGACUUAACAGCCCUGAAGCUAGAGGUCUCACUUUUGCUCUGACCCCAGUGCAGCUGCCAGCUUUGGAGUGUCCUGCUCAGGUGGCGAAAGAGAGGACCAUCCCACAUGAUCUUGCAUACAAAAAAGAAUGAGAAGGAAAUGAACUGAGUUGAACUGCCAUGCACGAGCCUGUGUCUUGGUCUCUUUAUGGUGCUACAAGGGGGAGGAAAGCUCCCACCUGGGCCUUGAAACUUCUUUCCUUCUUUGUGGUUUUGAAUAUGCUUCUCCAUAUACCAUGUAAAGAAGGGGAAAGGACUUCUUUCUACUAGACUUCUAACAGGGAACUGCCCUGACCCUUUUGCCACAGCAGGUCUGUUAGAUCCUAUGUAGUUAUUUUUGAAUCUUGCUGUGCCAGAACUUGAGGCAUGGGAGAAGCCUGCCCAGCACUAAUAUUGUGAGCAGCUGUUCUUCAGACACUUAGGAAAGGGAACAAGUAGGAAAAUGAGAGUUAGAGCUGAAGGGGCUGCCUCUGUUCCAUUGUUCUAAAAAUACCUAGGCUGUUCAUGAACUGGGUUUAAUAGCCAUUCCUGCAGGCAUACCAAACCUGAAGACCAAGGGCAAUAGGAGCUGCCUUUAUUGUCUCCUGUAGAGAUGCAGACUGAAGGCUAAGCGUUGUGGCAGCUGCUCAUUCGAGCUGCUCCCCUUUAAGCCAGUAGUCAGUGGAGGAUUCAUACCAAGUUCAACGUGAUGAGAAAAAGAAAGGGGGAGGGUGCUUUACCUUAGGGAACCCUGCAGCACUGGGUUUGUUUUGCUAUUGUGCUAGGGCAUAAUUUACAGAUCCAAAGCAGUCUUCUGAAGUGCUAAGGCUCUUCAUAAAAUGGGCUGGAGUUCAGGGGGUGGGAAGGGGGUGCGUGUGUUCUCUUAUCAGUUCAUGGGGGUUUUUUUGUGUCUGUCUUCAUUAUCCUCAAGAGAGCUUAUGGGACAAAGUUUAAGCUGGCAGGAUUGUAUCUCCUGCCUCAGGCUCUUUUUUGGUUGUCAUUGUUGUAAAACAAGUAUUUCUCUUCCACAGUUUAAAAACAAACAAACAGCCUCCCACCAACUGAAUUCUGAUCCUUUAAUGCUACUUCUCCUUUCUAAGUGGUAGUGUUAGAUGAACCCUCCCUUCCAGCCCACACACCAUUUCUUUUUUUAAGGACCAAAUAUGGUAUUCUAAAGUUUUCUAGCCAGUUUGCCAGAGGAGAUGAGCCUGAGCAGAAUUCUCUUCUCUUCUUCCAGAAGCAACUCUGCUUUAAAAAAAAAAAAAAAAAACCCACAAACCAACACACACACACACUGAGGAAAUUACACAAAGCACUAAGAGGUAAGUGCCCUGAAAGCAAGACAUCUUCUAAACCAUCUCAGUUCUUCUGUUUUUGUAAGUUUCAGAUGAAUCUUCCAGAGAACCGUAAGUCUCUUCUGUAUGGGAAGUGCCUGCAGUUGGAGGAGAGCUUUAGGUUCUUAUGAGGAGGCCUAAUAGCAUGGGUAGGAAAACAUUACAGGUCUUUGGAAGGGGCUAUGUAUUGACCCCGCAUUAGACAAAAGUACUAUUGAGAGGAAGCACACAGUGCUUAGCAAAUAGCUAUAGAGCAUGAAAGCAACUUCCUAGUCUUAGUUCAAAUGCUAAGUGUGACAUUGGUAAUGACAUCCUCACGCCUAAGAAAGAUUCUGCAGUCUAUUAAAAGUAGGCCCAAGGGAUGCUGCCCAUUCUUGUACCCUGAUAGUAAUACUAGAUCCAAUAUAAGUUGGGGAGGGAAAUUAGUAUCUGUAACAGCAAUCAGCAGAGGAAGGCCACCCUUAGACCAUUUUAGCCUUAGCAAGUUGCUUGUGUAACAAAACUCAAUUUAACCCAGGGCAGGGGAGAAAGACAGCAUCUUAAUUACUAGCACCUUCCAAAGACAGGGUUUAUUUUACCCAAAGGGAAAGGUAUUACCUCUUACCUAAAGUUGAUUGUAUAUGUUCAAGGUUCUUAAUAAAAAAAAAAUAAAAAGGAAAACACUCAA